GCGUAUGCGCCGAUUCUCUCGCUAGUCGUGUUACUGGCGCACAGUCGCUCGCCCGUCAGUUACUUGACUUGAUAUUACGCGCGUAAAGUAAGCACGAAGAUAAAUAAUUGAAUGGGAAACAAAAUAUUUAAGAAAAAAUUGGAAUACCGGAUCAUUGACCUGAUUUCUGUGAUAAAGUAGUAGCGGCUAAGAAAAAAAUUCUUUGCGAUGUUACCAAGAUGGAAGAAAAAUAUAGCGAGACUGUUCCUAAUUCCUCAGCGGUACGUCCUGGGUAUUAUGGGGCUACUGGCUGUCUGCAACGCGUAUACUAUGCGCGUGUGUCUCAACCUCGCCGUCACUCAGAUGGUGAACAACACGAAGGGAGAUGAGGAACAACACUUCGACCCUAACGCUUGUCCUGAUGACAGCGAAUACUUCACUAAUGGGACUGUCAGUUCCAGACCGUACGCGAUAUUCGACUGGUCAGAAUCAACACAAGGGUUGAUCCUCAGCGGGUUUUACUAUGGGUAUGCCAUCACCCAUGUGCCUGGUGGCUACUUGGCGGAACGGUAUGGAGGCAAAUGGACCCUGGGCAUCGGUCUUCUCAGUACUGCCAUCUUCACUUUAUUGACUCCUGUGGUUGUGAAAGCUGGUGGGGCGACGUGGCUCUUUAUUCUUCGAGUGCUGCAAGGAAUGGGUGAGGGUCCCACAAUGCCUGCCUUGAUGAUAGUCCUGGCUCGAUGGGUUCCACCUCAUGAGCGUUCACGACAAGGCGCCCUGGUCUUCGGAGGAGCCCAAAUUGGUAACAUCUUCGGGUCCUUCAUGUCUGGUUUCCUGAUGGCUGGAGAUGGAGACUGGGCUAAUGUGUUCUACUUCUUCGGGUGCUUUGGAAUAUUGUGGUUUUUGGCUUGGAGUAUCCUAUGCUACAGUACACCAAACACACAUCCUUACAUUUCGGAGGAAGAACUUAAGUACCUGAAUGAGACAGUGACCAGCGCUGAUACGAAGAGUGUACGGGACCCUGUGCCUUGGAAGGCUAUUGUGAGGAGUGUGCCUGUGUGGGCGCUGCUAUUUGCUGCUGUGGGUCACGAUUGGGGAUACUACACAAUGGUGACAGAUCUUCCAAAGUAUAUGACAGAUGUACUGAAAUUCAACAUUGCAGCCACGGGAACACUAACAGCUAUCCCAUACCUUGCUAUGUGGAUAAGCUCCUUUAUAUUCGGGUGGGUGUGUGACGUCUGUGUUAAGAGGAAUUGGCACACGAUCAAGACUGGACGAAUUAUUCACACGACUAUAGCUGCCACCGGCCCCGCAAUAUGUAUUAUAUUGGCGUCAUAUGCGGGCUGCGAUCGGUUCGCCGCCGUCGCUUAUUUCAUAGCCUCCAUGGCCCUCAUGGGAGGAUUCUACAGCGGAAUGAAGGUCAAUGCGUUGGACCUGGCACCGAACUACGCUGGCUCCUUGACUGCCAUGAUCAAUGGAACUUCCACCAUCUCUGGAAUUAUUACGCCAUAUCUGAUUGGGCUGUUGACACCUGAUUCAACACUAGCCCAAUGGCGGAUAGCAUUCUGGGUUUGUUUCGCCGUCCUAGUAGGCACAAACGUGGUCUACAUCUUCUGGGCGGAUGGUAAACAGCAAUGGUGGGAUGACGUACGACAAUAUGGCUACCCAGAGGACUGGAAGCAUGGACAGCUGAAGAUGGCCAAUCAAGACAAAGAAAAGAACAAAGAAAUGGAAGCAAAGAAUUCUACAAAGUAAAAUCUAUGUGUUGUGAUUAGAUUAUUAUUGAAAUUUUUGGAACUUUAGAUGUAAGGUUUGAUUUGUAUCUGUGGAAAGAGGAUUUAAUCAAUUAAAUAAAUAAACUUAGUAGAGAUUCACAUAAAUGACAGCACGUGGUGGCUGGGUAGCUGGUUGCACGUGUAGUGGUUUCGAUACCUGCAUGGACCGACUCUUUGUGCGAUUCACAAAUUGUUGUUUCGGGUCACGUUGUCAUAUACAUGUGAAAUUGUAUAUUUCUACGUGCAUCCACGACACAGAAGAACAUUCUAGUGUGCGGCAAAGUUUAAAAAACAAAACAUAAUAUCGAAUUUUGAAUUAAUGGAAAAGUCGUAAGCCUCUCCAACAGCGCACAAUUGAAUCAAACCUACAGUCUAAGUUCAGAAAUAAAGAAUUUAAACGUAUUUUAAGUAUUAAUUAGUGACUAAUGUGAUUCGUUAAGUAUUAUGAAAGUACUACAACCCUCUAGACAAAUGGCUUUUAAACACUUAUCGAACAAGUGAGUAGAAAUUUUAAUGAACAACAUAUAAUAAGCCUCUGAUAUUCAACAAAUUAUGUUAAACCUUUUAUUAUUUUUCUAUUUACUCAUACUACAAGUGUUGAUAUGCCAUUUAGUUAGGGAGCCAGGUGAUAUUAACUGAAGGUAGAGUGGAAAUUGGUCCACUUCGAGGCGUCACUUAAUAAGACCUUCAUGGUGGUAAACUUUACCGUUCCGAGCCAUCACUACUACACAAUAAUAAGAGAACUUAGUCUACAAUUUUAAUUUACAGUUAAUUGGAAUAGCGAUUUUAAUUGAAUAGCUAUUGAGUUCAGAAUCGCUUUUAAAGCUUUGUUAUGCUAUUGCUAUUUUUCCAGUGCGCAGUUAAUUGAAUUACUUUUCAUACAAUUUUCUUUUUGUUAACAAUUGGUUACCGUUUCAGUUAUGCAUGUAAAAG